AUGAAUCCAAGCUCAGUUAAAUACACCAUCGAAAUCAUCGACUAUCCAUUCCAAAGCAUUUUAAAUAGUUUAGAAAUUGUAAUGUCAGCAUCAUUCAAAUCAAACGACAAAACAGACGGAUGUUCCUCAAAAGAAUUUGGAGAUACCAAUGGAUGGGACAAUUCGAACUAUUUAAAGAUUCAAGUCAAUGAUCAUUCAUUAUAUGCAAGAUUCAUUAAAAGAGGAGUUAUAAACGGUAGAUCUAUUGUAACGGUAUCCAAUUCAAUUUUAGAUGAUUCAUUCAAAACUGUUCAAGAUCCAAGUCAAGCAACAUCAUUUAUAGCAAUUUCAAUACCAUACUUUUCAUCAAAUGCAACAAUCGAUCCUGAUUUUUCAAUUUUAUUAGAUCAAUCGAAAUCAUCAUCAUCAGUUUGUAAAUCAUCCAAACUAUCAUCUACACAAAUUGCAGGUAUAAUCAUUGGUGCAGUCGGUUUUGUUGCUGUCGUUGCUAUUUGUAUAACAGUGUAUAUUAUAAAAAAGAAACAAUAUCAAAAGGAAAUGAAAAAUAUGCAAAAUAAAUUAAAAACCAUAAAUAAAUAA